AUGGACGGAGUAUAUUUAGAUGAGAAGGGGGAACUAGCUGCUGACUUGGACAUUGUGAACUGGGUGAAGUUUCCCAAUAAGUCCCUCCUUAGGGUGAAGUUUGGGAGUUUACGCAGACAGGGAUCCCCAGACCUACAGCUCACCAUUAACCAGGAUGCCAUUGUUUGGCUCAAAUGGCUCAACCAGACCCUGCCUUCUUCCAGAUGUGUGGAAAGCUGCCGGCCCGGAUCCUUCAAGGUGGUUCAGGAAGGAAACCCCCUUUGCUGCUAUGACUGCGUUCCCUGUGUGGAAGGGGCCGUCUCCACUCAGGAAGAUGCAGAGCAUUGCAAUAAAUGUCCAGAACAGCAACAUCCAAACAACAACCAAGAUCAGUGUAUUCCCAAGAUCAUAAAUUUUCUGGCUUAUGAAGAACAUUUGGGGAUCAUCCUGGCUUCCUCUGCCCUUUUCUUGUCCUUAUCCACAGGUUUUAUUUUAGGAAUCUUCAUUAAAUUCCUUGAAACUCCCAUAGUCAAAGCCAACAACCGGGACCUCUCCUUCGUCCUCCUCAGCUCCCUCCUGCUCUCCUUUUUGUCCUCCUUCCUCUUCAUCGGCCGGCCAAGGAAAGCCACCUGUCUUCUCCAACAAACAGCCUUCGGUGUCAUCUUCUCAGUUGCCAUCUCUUCUGUGUUGGCAAAAACCAUCACUGUGGUGCUGGCCUUCCUGGCCACAAAGCCAGGGAACAGGAUGAGAAGAUGGCUGGGAAAGAAUCUGGCCAAUUCCAUUGUCAUUUACUGUUCCAUUGUCCAAGUUGUCAUCUGCACCAACUGGCUGGGGAUCUCUCCACCCUUCCCAGAGUCCGACAUGCAGUCUCAGCCUGGAGAGAUUAUCCUGCAAUGCAAUGAAGGGUCUGUUGCCAUGUUUUAUGGUGCCCUUGGCUACAUGGGCUUCCUGGCUGCCAUCUGCUUCACGGUGGCUUUCCUAGCCAGGAAGCUGCCUGGGGCCUUCAAUGAAGCCAAGCUGAUCACCUUCAGCAUGCUGGUCUUCUGCAGUGUUUGGGUCUCCUUUGUGCCCACCUACCUGAGCACGAAGGGGAAAUACAUGGUAGCCGUGCAGGUCUUCUCUAUUUUGGCCUCCAGUGCUGGGCUUCUGGGCUGCAUCUUCAUUCCCAAGUGCUACAUUAUUGUACUGAGGCCUGAUCUGAAUACAAAGGCAUAUUUAACAACAAAAAUAAAGGUAGUCUAUGGGACGCUGAAAGCAAAAUGCCCCUUGAAUCUGAUCAGGGACCAGAGUGAUCCAAGGAAUUAUUACAGGCCAGGAGACUACCUCAUUGGCGCUGUCAUAUCUCCAAAAGGUGCUGAAUUUCAACCAUACGUCUUCUCCAGACCCCCCUUAACUAGGCUUUAUGAGUUUGAAUUCAGAAGGUACUGGCAUAUCUUGUCCUUCUUGUUCGCCAUUCACGAGAUCAAUCAGGAUCCUAAGAUCUUACCCAACAUCACCCUGGGUUACAAAAUCUAUGAGAACUAUUGCGAUAGUAGAAUGACCUCUGAUGCCAUGCUAGACCUGCUGGCUGGUGGGGAAAUCAACAUUCCAAACUAUAGCUGUGGAGGUCAGAAUAACAUGUUGGCAGUUCUUGAAGGGGUCAAUUCUGACAUCUCCAACCAGGUUUCAACUAUGUCGGGUAUCUACAAAAUCCCGCAGCAUGUGCUGGCCGUAAGAGGUCGGACAAGAUGCAGAGAGGAAGAGAAGCUGGAGUCUUUGCCCCAAGAGGAGCUGCAGAGAGCCCAGUCUCAAGACAACUACAGCACUUACAACAGCGUCCAGGCUGUGGCUCAGGCCUUAAAUGCAGCAUAUUCAUCUAGGUCCAAGCGGAUCCUGAAGCCGGGUGCAGGACGCAGGCUACAACAUCUGCAGCCAUGGCAGAUCCACCUUUUCUUAAGAGAAGUCCAGCUUAAUACCUCCAUCGGCGGGCAGCGUCUGGAUGAGGCUGGGGAGCUGCCAGGCAGCUUUGAUCUCGUGAAUUGGGUGCAGUUUCCCAAUAAGUCUCAUGACCGUGCCUCGUUCCAGGUGCACAAAGAGCUGUCGCCCCGGUUACAUGAAGGAGAUUCAAGAAGGGAAGCCGGUUUGCUGCUAUGUGUGUGCUCCAUGUGCGGAAAGGACAAUCUCCACUCGGGCAGGUAUUUCAUUUAUUUGUAA